CGGCUUCCCUCCAGUGCAGCCAACUGUGUGUUAGUGCCCAUUCGUAAUAAAUCGAUAGUGAAACAUCGAAACUGGGCAUCGAACCAGUGAUGGGCCGGCAGUAGACCGAUGAAUAACCGCUUAUGUUGCCACUCUUGUCUGCUGCAUCGAUUUGGAAGGCGUCAUGGGACCACAGGCGGUGGGACAAUGGUGGUUGUUGGUAAUGCUAGGCGGAGCUGCCAACUCCGGACUCCUCGACUGGUCCAGGAACAACAGGAUAGAAGUCAACGUGCCCUGGGUACCAUCUUCGACAGAGUCGCGAUGUUACGACGAACUGGGCUGCCUCAACCUUACCAAAGAUUGGUACCACCUCAUCUACAGACCCUUCAACGUCUUUCCUCUUCCAAGGCAGACCAUCGACACCAAGUUCAUCCUCUAUACUAGGCUGAACCCGACGGAGGGUCAGAUACUCCGGGCGACAGACGACCCUGGAAUCGAGAAGUCUAACUUCGACCCGAAGAAGCAGACCAAGUUCAUCAUCCAUGGCUUCAUCGACACACCUCUCAGCUCCUGGGUCAAGGAGAUGCGACUGGAGCUGCUGAAGAACUCGGACUGGAACGUGGUUGUGGUGGAUUGGGCAGGAGGAUCGCUGCCUCUGUACACACAGGCCACAGCCAACACUCGCCUAGUCGGUUUGGAGCUUGCCUUCUUCAUCAACCAUCUUAAGAAUAAAUAUCAACUGGAUCCUAAAGAUGUCCACUUGAUAGGCCAUAGUUUAGGUGCUCAUACGGCUGGCUACGCAGGGCAGAAUGUACCUGGUUUAGGAAGAAUAACAGGAUUAGAUCCAGCGGAACCAUAUUUUCAAGGAAUGCCCAGCGAAGUUCGCCUUGAUCCAGGAGAUGCUCAUCUGGUUGAUGUUAUUCACACAGAUGGCACCUCAAUCUUCUUGUUGGGAUAUGGAAUGGUUGAACCUUGCGGACACUUGGACUUCUACCCGAACAAUGGGAAGGAACAACCAGGAUGUGAUAUAAGCGAGAAUCCACUUCCUCUGACGGUGAUCAGGGAAGGGAUUGAGGAGGCAUCCAGGGUCCUCCUCGCCUGUUCGCAUGUCAGGGCUGUCAAGUUCUUUAUCGAGAGUAUCAACACGCAGUGCCCAUACCUUGCCCACCGAUGCCCUUCGUACCAGCACUUCUUACAGGGCAAGUGCUUCAGUUGUGGACCAAAUGGCACCAACUGUGCCUUCAUGGGUCUGCACACGACUCGUGGUUUGUUGCCACCCGGUGCCAAAUUCUUUGUACAGACUGGCAAAGAGCCACCAUUCUGCAGAAGACACUACAGAGUGACGGUAGAACUGGCCAGACCUCCCAGAGCGGAGACUUGGGUCCAAGGAUUCAUGAGGGUUUCUUUGCACUCGGACCAGGGCAAGAUAAGAGAUUUAGAUCUCACUCCAAAUGGUUAUGAGAAACUGGAGCAUGGUACAUCGAGAAGUUUUGUGGUCUCCCACAUUGAAGAGAUUGGCACCGUGACAAGAGUAGAAGUGUACUGGGAAUAUGACAUGAAUGUCCUGCAGCCCAGGUCCAUCUGCUUCUUGUGGUGCAAUGACCACCUCUACGUAUCCUCAGUCAGGGUGUCGGCCUCCAAGAUUCUCAAUUCUAGGGAGAAGCGAGCGGUGGACGUGGUGAGUAAGCUGUGCAGUCCUGGUCACCGUGGCUACGCAGAUAUAGCUUCCAGGUCUACAGCCCUCUUCUUAGACAACUGUAGAUCUGACUAAGUCAUCAAAAAUGGUAUUCACCAAUGACUGCUUUCUCCUGUGCCCUGUGAUUCCUGGGCAUGGAUUGAAGAAUAGAGAACAUUUGUUUCCGACCAUUGACAAUUACUAUUUUACUUAAUGUAAAAUAUCAAGCUCACAAGGAAUCACACUUAAAUGUAAAUAAAUAUUGUAUAUACCCUAUGUAAUGUAAGCAAGUUAGAUGAUAAAGUUAAGAACAUAAAAAGUUCAAAUUAUUUGUGAAUAUUGUUUUAUCUUUAUUAUUUAUUUGUUUUUCUAACUGUAAUAUUAUGAAUGAGAUGUUUUUACAUUGUUAUUAUUGUUUCGUUUUUUGUUUCAAGUUUCAGGAUUUAAAUAUAUAAUUUAAAACAUUUAGAAUAAUCUUAUGUUUUGGAAUUCUUAGGAAAUAUGCCUGUUCUAAAUAAAAUGCAAAAUCAAAUAAAAGUUGUGUCAUUAUGUAAAAUAUCUGAUGACAUAAAAAUGUCUACUAGUCGAUAUUAAAAUCUUUGUAAGCCAUUAUGUUAUUGUAUGAACUGUCAAUUAUGUAUGUGUUUCUGUAAUUUAAUAAAUAUUGUAAAUUUGUUAUGUUUUAAAGAGCCUUUUUCUUAUCUUGUAUAUGUUAACACAACUGCUAAUAUGCAACAGGGUA